GCCUCUCCCUAACCUCUUAGUAUCAUUCUCUGGCACUGCCAGGCUAUAGACAGGACCCUGUCCUAGAUGUUGGGGGGAGCAAGGUGGAGAGCUUCUGGUCAGUUGCUGUUGCACCCCAGAGGUAGCUACAUUAUUACCCAGGGGUCCUGUUCCCUAUGGAAAAGCACUGGAAUGGCAGGUGAAGAAUCCUUGCCGGGUCUAACCAGGGGGAAGAGGAACCCAGGCCUUGCUGCGCCCCCCCCCGGCAACAGCCCAGCCCUGGACAUUCUGCACAUAGCUCCCGCGGCAGGGGCUUGGCGGGCACCUCCUGGGGCUAAAUAUAGCCUGUGGCCCACAGCCAAGAAGCACUGGCUUUGGCCUGCCCCUGGCAGGUAGGGCCAGAGUAGGGGGAAGGGGAUGUCCUGGUCCGUCAGCCUCCUGCUGUGGGAGGCUGAGGAUGUUCCCUUCCCUUACCACCCUGCCAGGCUCUUCCCAGCCAGGGUCAGGCCCUGCCAGAGCUACAAGUGGAAAGAAUGAGUCCAAUAUAGCCCUGCACUGCCCCCUACCCAGCCCCUACCCUGCUGGGCCUGUUCCACAUGUGUAGACCUGAGAUAUGAACCAGACGGCUGCUUCCCCCCCCGCAAGCAGCUGAGCCCCAGCCACUGCCCCACCCCACCCAGCAUCCCUACCACAUUGCAUAAUGGGAAAUUCCCCAGUCCUGGACCAAAACAGCUUCCUCUGACUGGACCUUAAACCAGUUGGGGAAACAGAGGGGGUGGGGAAGGUGUUGAGGAGGGGAAGAGCAGUUGUGCCUCUGCAGACCCUGGAGGAAUGUAUGGCUCUGGAUGAGCCCAUACAUAUACACCUAGACACAUGUACAUACCACACCUCCAUUAGACCAGGGGUGGGCAAAAUGUGGCCCGCAGGCUGGAUAUGGUCUGCCAGGCCAUUCUAUCUGGCCUGCGGAGCCCCUAAAAAAUGUAGAAAAUGAACAUUUAUCUGCCCCUGGCUGCCUGUCAUGCAGCCCUCAAUGGCUUGCCAAAACUCAGUAAGUGGCCCUCCACCCAAAAUAAUUGCCCGCCCCUGCAUUAGACAGAGACCAACGGACAUUCACUUGCUCACUCGCUCUUCCUGUCUAUAUUAUUAUAGGUAUGCCUAGCUGUAUGCAUAGGUCUGUUACCACCCCCUCCCCAACACAGACUUUAUAUACUUGUGUGCAGCUAGACAGAUGUGUAUGUAUGUGCAUACAUGUACGUGCACACACCUUGUAUGUGUGCGUAUACAGACAACCCCCCCAAUUAUGUAUACACAUGCACAAAUCCAUGUACACACAUAUAUGUGUAUGUACAUGCGUGCAUGGUCGUGUGUAUGUGUAUACACAUACCCUUUUCAUUAUCUAUGUACACAACCACACACAUGCACAUGUGUGCCCACACAUACAUACGUGCAGGGGCCAGGGGCUAAACUUCAGGGACUAAUGGGAGGCAUCAGCACCGUUGUUUUUCAGGGGUGGUUGUGUGCAUGUUUGAGGUGGGGCACUUACUCCAUUCCCUGGGCCUAGCCAAAAAUGUGUGUGAAUGAUCUUGGAGGGGGGGGGGUGGCAACAGGCAAGUCACUGCCAGGGGCAUUACCCAGUGCCAGGCCUGGAUUCACACCCCCCCUCCCUCUUCCCUCCCCCCAACACCUUUCCAUCUGUCUGGCCAGCCAGACAACCCCCCUCCCCAGCUGCUUCCACCCACUCUGUAUUGUGCCCCCCCCCCCCCUAAUCAAGGCCAGGCCUUUCCACUCCUCCCUCAACAAGCCCCCCCUCCCCUCCCCCGGUUUAACCUGUUCGGGCAGGGGCCAGCUUAAUCUGCCCUCUUAAUCUGGGGGGUAUUAUGGCUGAGGCCAAUGCGUGAGCCACCUCCUGCUCUUGCACCCAUCUCUGGGAUAGUGUUUGCCUCCCUCUAUGGUCUGACUGCCCAGUAGCCCAUAGAUAUAAAAAUAUUGGUUUCAGGGGGUGGGAAUAAUGCCAAGACCCAUCAUGCCCCCAAGGGCUGGUGGGAGAAUCAGGCACUUUCCAGUUCCUGUUGCACCCACCUUUGACUGCAGUGAGGGAUGUAAAGGGUUAACACCCUCCCACCAGCCAGGUUUAGUGCAGGGUAGGGAACCACCUCAAAAUGGGUAUAAAUAAAGGGGGCCACUGUCCCAGCCCAGGCAGACGUGGGCAGGGAAGAUGGAGGUGACUCGGCUCGUGUGUGGCCUGUGCCUGGUGCUACUGCUGCCAGCAGGGGCCCCGUGGCACCAGGGGCUGCUCAUGCCUGGAAGCGAUGCUGGAGACCUGUCUGGUAGGACCCUUGGUGAGACCCUGGGAGCUGGGGGACAGGUUGUGGGGGGACCAGAGCCAUGGGGCUGAGACAAGCUGGGGGUCCUGGGAAUGCAGGUUAUGGGUGUCACCCAGGUCCUCAGUACCAGAGCUGGGCACAAGGUGCCCAGGAUGCCACCCCCCCCCCCCCCCCCACACACACACACACACGGGGGAGGCAGGGCUAUCCCCAUCUGUGCUGCCACUGUUGGAGGCUGAGGAGAGGCUGACUCCCCUCAACCCACAGGUCCCCUUACCCCUCAGCACUGGUCAGACUGCUGUGUACUGGGGGGACUCUGAACCCCCACCACCACAUGCCCCUCACCCCAACAUCAGUCUGCCCAGAGCUACGCACUGGAGGGGAGGUUGUGGGGGGCAUCUUUACCCCAACACUCCUUUCUGGCUCAAAGUGAGGCUCCCCCACUUUGGUACCCAGAUCUGGCCCCUGCAGGGGCACUGUGUCAGGUAUGGGGCACUUCUGGAGGGUGAUGGGGAGUGUUCUGGGUUCCAUUCUGCCCAAUGCAGCUAGACUGCCUUGAAUUGGGGGAGGGGGUCCUCUAUGCCACAGGGCUGAGGGCAUUCCAGAGGACAUGUAGGGGGGUCUCUACUCAGUGCCAAGGGCACUCAGAGCACAGAGGGUACCUCAGAGCAUGGUUGGGGGUGGGGGGGAGCUGGAUCAAAGUCUAUGCCUGGUCCUUGGCACAAUCUCUGCCUCCCUCCCUUCUCCAGGGACCCCAGAGCCUGCAGCCCCCACCACACUGCCCUUGGUGGGCUCCCAGCAACGCCCCCGGCGGCGGGCACAGGCAGUGGUGCCCUGGGAGCAUGAGUGCCAGCUGCGGAGCCUGGCACUGCGGGUCAAGGACCUGGGACUGGGCUACGCCUCAGAGGAGACGAUGCUCUUCAAGUACUGCAGCGGGGGCUGUCCCAGCACCCGUUCCAAUCAUGACCUGGCCCUGGCCCGGCUCUCCUUGAAGGGCUGGGACCUGCCCACCCAGGGUGAAGGCAAACUUCCUGGGGGCCCCUGCUGCCGACCCACACGCUAUGAGGAUGCUGCCUUCCUGGAUGAUGGGCACCGCUGGCAUGAGGUGAUGGGGGAUGAGGGAGAUACCCCCACCUCCCAGCUCUGCGACCCCCUGCCUGAGCUCCUGGCUGCUCUGUGAAGCUGGGUGGGGGUAAUAAACGUGUGAAGCUGA